UUAGUGAGGCUGCAGUGGUUGUCGCCACUCUCCUAGCUUCGCCAUGCCACCCAAGGACGACAAGAAGAAGAAAGAUGCUGGGAAGUCGGCAAAAAAAGACAAAGACCCAGUAAAUAAGUCUGGUGGCAAGGCCAAAAAGAAGAAGUGGUCCAAAGGCAAAGUUCGGGACAAGCUCAACAAUUUAGUCCUGUUUGACAAAGCCACAUACGACAAACUCUGCAAGGAAGUUCCCAACUAUAAGCUUAUUACUCCAGCUGUUGUCUCUGAGAGGCUGAAGAUCCGCGGCUCGCUGGCCAGGGCAGCCCUUCAGGAGCUGCUUAGUAAUGGACUUAUCAAGCUGGUUUCGAAGCACAGAGCCCAAGUAAUUUACACAAGAAACACAAAGGGUGGAGAUGCCCCAGCUGCUGGUGAAGAUGCAUAAGCAGGCUAAAUCAGCUGUACAUUUGGGAAAAUAAAACUUUAUUAAGUCAAAAAAAAAAAAAAAG